CCGUCCGCUUCCCUUGACCUCUGGGGGGGAACCCGUUUAUAAAAGAGCGUCCGCCAGGGAAGCUGUCUUAUUCCACCUCAGUCCUCUGCUGCGAAAGGACGUCCGGAUAUCCUCUGUGGUUGUGUUGUAAAAAGAAGUCCUGUGGGAGGAGCAUGCGUGUCUUGGAACCCCUCCAUAAGCAGAGCACCGUCAUGCAGGGCGAUACCGAGGACAGCAUUGAGCAGACCGUCCUUUCCUGGUCUAAGGACUCCCUCGUGUGGAUCAGCAUAUCCGCAGCCUUGAUCUUCGUCGGGCUGUGCUGCCUGCUCUUCCUUUGCUUGCGCCGCCACUUCCUUAGGAAGCGAAAGACCAAGCCCGCCUUGAAUCUGUCGUCGCCACCCCUCCGCCGAAGGUUCUCUGAGCACCCUUUCUACCCGCCCACGCCGCCCAUAAGCCCACACCCGCUUGCCUUCAGCGGCCACAGCUCGCUGGAUCCAACCGCCUCUUCGGACACCCUUCCUGAGUGCGAACUGGACUCGGCCGGUGUCCAGGCGGUUUUAGCUGCGAGAUCCGCCAACGACCAGAAUGUCCCUGUUCGCGAAGCGGAAAUGAGCCAGUCGGGCGCCUCUCAUCCCGAAUGCGAGUCGGUGUCCAUCGCUAUGCCAGAACAAGUCCAGCCGGAGGACGACGCUUCCGGGAAAGAAAGCCAGCAGACGCCGUGCACUGCUGAGCCGAAAUGUGAACAGACAGUGACGCGCUGCUUGUCGGCGUCUGAGCUCAGCCUGAAGACCGAGCAAGACAGGAGUACUUUGUCUAGAAAUUUGUAGAAAAGAGAUGAGUGAACAUCGUCCAGAACUCAAGCAAACGUACGGAUUCUGGAGAUAUACAGACCAGAAGAUUAUCUCACCCAGAAUUUCUAUACUGUGUCAAGGAAAUCGAAAAUCAUGAUGUCAGAUCUAUGCCAGUAUUGAGCGCCAGUUCAACACGACUCACUUCAUGUCAUAUCUUUUCACCGAGUCACCAAGAUUUCACCACAUCUCAUCAUGUCAAAUUGUUGCUGUUCCUGUUGUCUUUGUACUUCUAUGUGAUAUUAGUUAAUGUUAUUAAAUAGUUUCAUAACUUCACAAUACAAUAGAGGUGAAUUUAUGUAAAUUAUCCUACCUCAAUAGCGUAAGACUUCUGAAUGAUUAUACCAAUAAAUAUUUUAUAUAUGA